CGACAAUCUUGGAUGACAGAGUGGGCCUCUCUGUCGUCACACACGCUCCACUUGACAUUUCACAGCCAUGCGCUGCCCUUGAUGCUUCCUGAGACGAUGUGGCUGUGAAUUUAUGGACGCGCCGUGAUGGACGCGUCGAAGCUCCCUACCUUUUAGAAAUCUACAGCUUUUUGUUACCAAUUCAACUUCCAACAUUCAACAUUCCUAGAUACGGAACCGCAUUUCUACAUCAGCAUGUUUACCGGAGUGACGCCGGAGUCACUUAUUCCUCGCUCAGACUCACGAAACCCGGCGACCACGUGCAAAGGCCUUACACAAUCCGGGCGACCAUGCAAACGACCUAUUGACGCGAAGGAGCCUGAAGGCGAUGGUGUUCUCGCCGUGACGUCCGUAGCUGGCGAUGACAGCGGGGAGGAGAUUGGCGCAGCAGCAUAUUUUUGCUGGCAGCACAAAGACCAGGCGGAAACGUUGGCAGCAAAAGAAUCGACGGGACCAGCGACCCAAUUAUACCCGCUGAAAGAGAGGAGCAGCAUCGAUACACUGGUGCAACGGCUGGGUGUUCUGGAUAUUGAGGAGCAGAAUGAAGUUGCUCCACGCAAGAGGAGGAGCAGUGGCCAUAGAAGAAGAUCUGGAUCUCGACCACCCAGGCGAAUCAACCGGCCACCGACAUGGGAUGCUGUCCAGGGCCCGUUAAUGUCUGUACCUAGCGAUGUAAUGGCCGACAGGAAACGAAGAGACAGGCCAUCGAAAUCGGCGCCACCAGUAAAAAAGCUAGGCUUCUGGGCAUCGCUAUGCUGUGGAUCUGCAGAUGAGGAGGUCACAGAACCCACCCGGCACAAGAAGAAGACAGAACAUCAACCGCCAGUAGAACCGACUCAAACAGAAACACCCAUGCAAGAUAUUCCACAACCGCAAUCACAACCACCACAACCACCCCGUGUACAAGGCCAAUCCCGAAAAAGCAGCAGCCAGCACUCCCGCCCCUCGAGCUCCCGCAAACCGCUCUCUGAAAAACCCGCCCGCCCCGUCAACAAGUCCAACAACCCCAGCUCCGACCCCGAAACCGCCGCACUCCUGCGCUACAUCCCUACCUCUGUCCCCCCGAAACUCGCCUCAACCAUGCUAGCCGAACUCUCCAAGCCAAUCUCCCCCCACGACGAAGAAGGCUUCAUCUACAUCUUCUGGCUGACCCCCGAGACGGCGGGCCCGGCGCCCGCAUCCGCAGCCAGUAAUUUACUGGCGCCAAGGGGAGAAGGGUCGAGGAGACGGACGUCGGAUGUUAUGCGGCAGUAUUCUAUCAAGGACAAAAAGGGCGGAGGAGAGAAAGGUGGGGAAAGGGGGGAGAAGGGAGGGAAAGAUACGAUUCUCCUCAAGAUAGGCAGGGCGAAUAAUGUGCAUCGGCGGAUGAACGAGUGGACGAGACAAUGCGGGUAUAGUCUUUCGCUUGUGCGGUACUAUCCGCAUGUUUCGUCUGCGACGCCAUCGCCUGCGGGGUCGAGGCAGGCGUCGCAUCAGGGGCGGGGCCCCGCACAGGCACAGGCACAGGCACAGGCAAGUAGUGGUGGAUUGCAAGCUGGGGGCGAAGGGGCGGCGGCGGGAGUGCGCAAGGUACCGCAUACGCAUCGGGUAGAGCGCAUGAUUCAUUUGGAAUUGGGGGAGCAGCGGGUGAUUAAGCAGUGUGAGGCGUGUGGGAAGAGUCACAAGGAGUGGUUUGAGGUCGAGGCUACGAGGGAGGGGGUUAAGAAGGUGGAUGAGGUUGUGAAGAGGUGGGUUGAGUGGGCGGAGAAGAGGAAUGAAUGAUGUGAUAGUUGGAUGUAUUUGGAUAGCUGGCAUAUCAACAUAGGACCAUUACUAUUAAAGAUUCACGCACCGGAAGACUCAAGUAUUCCACAUCCUCGCCGUAGUGUUUCUUUUAAAAAAAAGUGUAAUUUCAUUUGGGGAAUUGGGGUAUCUUGUGUAGCUAUAGCAGCAAGCAGGUAAUAAACAAUCAAAACGCCCAUGUUCUUGGGACUUUCCGAUACAGGUGUUUCGCAAGGUUUACUUUGGGGGAAAGGUUGCCCGACAUGACGGA